UCCCAAAAGAAAUAGAAAAAAAUCAGUUGAAAUGGAAGUUAAAAAGCACAGUAAUUCUUGAGAAUGAAGGCAAUACCCUGCGUGCUAGAGGUAGAUUAUUGUUGGAGUUGGGCGAAGAAGAAGAAGAAAGGCCGGAUUUGGCAGAGGUGCGACGGAAGAGAGGCAGAGGAGUAGCUUGUUCGUGGGAUAUCAUACCUCUUCAUUGCCGGCCUACACUCCACGUUUAUAUACCGAUGUUUGAUUCUUCAGCUUUUGGUGUUUACAUUGCAAAGUUGAUCAAUCAAAUUCUAAAGACAACAGAGUCAUGAGUAACAGGAGGAACCCCCCCGGUCUGCCACUCAAUGGGCGUAAGUUAGAGAGAGAUGAAGACCUUCUUCUAUUCCGGGAAUUGCAUAAACGCGACAAGGACAGAAUUGCCACCCUCCUUCAGCCUGUUUCUGAUGAGUUCGAACCUAAUGGAGGAAACUAUGCACUCUACAGAAUCGCAUCUGGGAAGAAAGCAUCGGGAUAUGAGUUUUUCCCUGAAAACAACAAAAAUGAUUACGAUUGGUUAAAGACACCCCCAGCAACUCCUCUAUUUCCAUCACUUGAAAUGGAAGCUAAAGCCCCACAACUUGUCAUCCAGCGGGAGCUACCAAUCGUUCAGCCGCUUUCACGGUUUUCAGGAUAUAAAGAGUCGUACAAGGCAGGAAGCAUUGGACGACCAAAAUCCCCAAAUCCGAAUCCAAAAGUUCCUUCAAGAUCCAUAACUCCGAGUCAUAGACCAAGUAUUCCAUCAACUGAAGCCAAAAACACCAAGUUGCCUGCCCCCAUCUUGUUCAAUCAGAAAACAAGUCAACCCAUCUGCACCCAUCCUCUGACCAAUAAACGAACAAAUGUGGUUUCCAAUACCAGCAGCAUAUCAUCAAAACCUUAUUCCAACCAAAAAGAUGACCAUAUAGAUUUUCUUUCUUCCAACCUGUCCAAAACCCUAGGAACAUCCACAAAUAAGACAAAGCCUAGGAGUAGAGGCGUGUCACCUUUGGCGAGAUCAACCAUUCCGGUACAAUUUGACGGAAUUUCGGAUGAGACGCCUCCAAAUCUAAAGACAGACCGCUCAACAUCUGCUACGCGAGGCAGGCCACAGCCAACGGUCACUCCUGCUGCCGUAGCGGUUCAUCAAAAGGCAGAACCUAGUUCAACUCCAAAGCCGAGGAGGCAAUCAUGUUCACCAUGUGUAACAAGGGGUCGGAGAGUGGAACCCAAGCAAGCUGUUAAAGGAACACAGGUCUUGGGGAGUAGGAUGGUUGAGAAGGUGAUGAACGCUAGGAAGUCAAGCGUUGAAGAAAGGGACACAAAGCAAAAAUUACGAGCUGCUUCCAUUGAUGAAAGGACGAAGCCUGUGGAGAUUAAACGAGAUCGGAACACUUCCAGGCACCCUGGCAUUUUUCUCAAACGAGGCUAAGCAAAAGGACUAGGCGAGACUGAAUGAUCAAUUUGCUUGUUUGGGAAAUGGUAGCUACAAGGACAGCACAGUUUCUGCAAGUAUUACACUAAUUAUAAUCAUGCGUCUUCUCUAUGACUUUUGGCAUGUAUAUAUAAAACAACAUCUUGAGGAUCGAUGCAUGCUCAUUAGCAAAGCGAGGAAUCUUGCCAAUCUUGCUAGAUUUUUCAUACAUUUCUCCUUGGCUAUAAAAUUGUGUUCACUCGGAGAAUAUAUAUAAUAUAAAAGUUAAAUUUUGUUAGCUGAAA